AUGAACGAGACAAAUAAUGUGGGGUCGAGAAGGCCACAUUUGAACGCGGAUGUGUCAACGGCGGCCCCCACGACACCGGAGCCCAGCACGGCCUCCGAACAGCGCCCGCCGCCAUUGCAUGAGUUUGAUAUCGGCCCGAAAGUUGUGGCGGGGGCGUAUGUCCUCAUCUGUGUCUGUUUGGCGGUUGCCGUGGGGGCGCCGUGGUUCCUCAUGGAGCAGUACGCCGCGGGGCCUGAGGGAAGGAACGUCGGGGAAAUGUUUCAACUUUGGAAGACAACCAUCUCGGUGGGCAGUGCUAAAAGGAGCAUGGGGAAUGGACUCAUUGCCUGCGCCCCAGCACGGCGGGAGGUGGUGGCGUUGCAAGCACUUUCCGUUGUGGUUCUCGCCAUCUCCCUCUUUACUCUUUUUCUCUCUGUGGUACGAGAUCGUUUUAUGCGGGGAAAUUCCAAACUUCGGCUCGCGCUUAUUUAUUGUGUUGCCGUCGUUUUCGUUGUCUUAACGGCGGAAUCGUCGGUGGGGAUUGACCUCUUUACGAGGAGCUUCAGUGCAUGCGGCGCAGGGACAAGCUAUCACUCACGUGGGUUUGAACUGCAUUUAGGAUUCGCCACCACGAUGACGGCCUGGGUGUUGAGCGCCCUUGCGGGAGUGGCGGUGUACAACCGGGUUCCUCUUCCGAUGGACACACGCGUCAUAGAAUACGGUGCGAAUGCAUUUGCCAUGCUCGCCUUCGUGGCAUUUCUGUUUAGCCUGGUGGCGUGCCCCAUCCCCCAGUGGUUUUACAAGGACAUCGCCAGGCGCACCCUGACGGAGGUCCUGCUGUGGAGGGAGCGCUACAGCGUUCUCUGGGUAACCAACUCCUCCCACAAUUCCACUGAGGUGGGGAACCUUGGGUGCCGCCCCGUCUUUCGCUGUUUUCUGGCGGUCGAGCUGUUUAGCAUCCUGACUAUCAUUCUGAACGCAGCCACCUUUCUGUUUGGUGUUUUGCUUGCCAAGGGGCUCUUUGGAUUUGUGCGGCAUGCCCUGGUGCUUGGCUACACCUCCACCGCGGUGGCCGUUAUCCAGUGGGUGCUGCUGCUUUGCAUCUACUACCGUGAUUGGUGCGCAGGUGCUGUGUCGUAUCACCGAAAGAAGUAUGUACUAGCGGCCGGUUUUGCGCUCAGUGUAAGCGCCUGCGUUGUCAUGGGAGUUGCGACGGUGCUGCUGGCAUAUACCGAACGCAUUCGACGAAACCACUUCUCCACGUUUGGGCAUUUAAAAACCUUAAGAGAAGUUCUUGUGGAAAUGGCGCAAUAG